CUCUCGCGAGGACUGGGGCGCUGAGCCGGGAGGUGCUGUGCGCAGUGUGUGGAGGUCGUUGGAGUCACCUGCUCGCCGCCCGCUCCUGCGCCUGCCGGCCCGCGCCCCUCCCGUCCCAGCCAUGCUCUCCGCCCUCGCCCGGCCCGCCGGCGCCGCGCUGCGCCGCAGCUUCAGCACCUCGGCCCAGAACAAUGCUAAAGUAGCCGUUCUGGGGGCUUCUGGGGGGAUCGGCCAGCCCCUCUCCCUCCUCCUGAAGAACAGCCCCCUAGUCAGCCGCCUGACCCUCUACGACAUUGCGCACACCCCCGGGGUGGCUGCCGACCUGAGCCACAUCGAGACCCGAGCAACUGUGAAAGGCUACCUCGGCCCCGAGCAGCUGCCCGACUGCCUGAAGGGCUGCGACGUGGUGGUGAUUCCGGCCGGGGUCCCCAGGAAGCCAGGCAUGACGCGGGACGACCUGUUCAACACCAACGCCACGAUCGUGGCCACCCUGGCUGCCGCCUGCGCCCAGCAUUGCCCGGAAGCCAUGAUCUGCAUCAUCGCCAACCCGGUGAACUCCACCAUCCCCAUCACGGCGGAAGUCUUCAAGAAGCACGGAGUGUACAACCCCAACAGGAUCUUCGGCGUGACGACCCUGGACAUCGUCAGAGCCAACACGUUUGUCGCCGAGCUGAAGGGCCUGGAUCCGGCUCGGGUCAACGUUCCUGUCAUUGGCGGCCAUGCUGGGAAGACCAUCAUCCCCCUGAUCUCGCAGUGCACGCCCAAGGUGGACUUUCCCCAGGACCAGCUGGCGGCACUCACUGGGCGGAUCCAGGAGGCCGGCACGGAGGUGGUCAAGGCCAAAGCUGGAGCAGGCUCUGCCACCCUGUCCAUGGCCUACGCCGGCGCUCGCUUUGUCUUCUCACUGCUGGACGCGAUGAACGGCAAGGAGGGGGUCGUCGAGUGCUCCUUCGUGCAGUCCCAGGAAGCUGACUCCUCCUACUUCUCCACGCCGCUCCUGCUGGGGAAGAAGGGCCUGGAGAAGAACCUGGGCAUCGGCAAGGUGUCCCCUUUCGAGGAGAAGAUGAUCGCCGAGGCCAUUCCCGAGCUGAAGGCCUCCAUCAAGAAGGGCGAGGACUUUGUGAAGAACAUGAAGUGAGGGGCGCGCGAGCAGCCGGCGGCCCGUGUCCCCCAGAGCCGGGCCCGGCGCCCUGCUUCAGUGAUGGUCGUGUGCACGGGGCCACCCCGGGGUGGCACGCUGGUCACCGGCGCGUCAAUAAAAGCCGUCUGAGUGUCUGUCCCAGGA